CUCCGGGCCGUACCAACGACGGACCGGUUUGAUGUGAAACAAACUGACGCCGGUAGCGGACGGGACAGUUUGUCUCGUACCGUGCGCUUGCGUAAAAGAGACGAUUUAGCUGAGCUUGUUGGCGGAAGGCUUUAGUGCGAGCAGUUCCCAGCAUAGGGUCUAAUUUUUCCACAAUGAGUGCAGAUAAGAGCAGCAUUCAGAUUACGAUUCCGCUGAUACAUGGCAGCACAAACCUGCAGUUUCAAAACAUCACUUAUCAAGUGCGGCAUCAGAAGGAACAAAAGUUGCUGUUGAAGAAUAUAUCGGGCACGUUCCGAACCGGACGCCUUACGGCCAUCCUAGGACCGUCCGGUGCUGGAAAGUCGACGUUGCUAAAUGUGCUCAGUGGUUUCAAGACGCAGGGUGUGAGUGGUAACAUCAUAAUAAACAAUGAAAUCAUCGAUCGGCAGCGAUACAGGCAGUUGGUCGCUUAUACGGCUCAAGAUGUUACGCUGCUUCCCAAUAUAACGUUGCGAGAAAAUCUUCAUUACGCCGCUGAUUUGAAGCUCUCGAGCAAAGUAUCUCAACUGCAUAAGAUAAAGAUCGUGAACGAUGUUAUCGCAUUGCUAGGGUUGCAAAAAUGCGCUCAUAAUCAGUCGCAGAAGCUUUCGGGUGGUGAAAAAAAACGUUUAUCAAUCGGGUUGGAACUGGUAUCGAACCCUCAGAUAAUGUUUUUUGACGAACCGACGAGUGGCCUUGACAGUGUAUCAUCGUACCAGGUGAUUUCCUACAUGAAAGAUCUCGCGCGGCAAGGACGAUGUGUUAUCAGUGUGAUACACCAGCCGAGCUCGGAGUUGUUGGAGCUGUUUGAUGAUAUUUAUGUUGUCGUUGACGGACGUUGUAUGUAUCAGGGAUCGCUGGACGAUUUGAUCUCAACAUUCGCCGAGGCUGGCUUUCAUUGUCCACCGUACUACAAUAGAGCAGAUUUUGUGCUUAAAAUUGCGUCUCAAUACGAUUCAAACUGCUCUGAGAUUGAAAAGUUCAUGGUAAAAUCGGAAAAAUCAGUAAGUGCCACGAUGGAUGUAGGAAUUCAACAAGAGCUCAAUUCAACCGAAUUCCUUGUAAAAGGACGAGGUCCUCAGUAUCCGAUCAGUUGGUGGAACCAGUUUACCAUACUUACACGCCGGACAACGCUGGGAACAAUUCGUAAUCCGGCUCUGAUGGGUCUUCGCUUUUUUGGACACGUGUUGUUUGGAUUAACGAUAGGAUUCGUAUUUUACAAUAUCGGCAACGAUGCGUCAAAAGUGUUAUCCAACAUAUCGCUGCUGAUUGCGUUCCUGAUGUUUAUCACGUUCGCCAAUGCAAUGACAGUGAUUCUAACAUUUCCGUUGGAGAUGGCAGUGUUCGUGAGAGAGCACAAAAGCAACUAUUACUGCAUCUCGGCAUAUUACUUCUCAAAGCUAGUUGCUGAUUUUCCAUGGAUGCUGGCAGGAGUAACUGCGUUUCAACUAAUCAUGUACUAUCUCAGCGGACAGUUGAACGAAACUGAUCGAAUCAUCAUGUUUUGGGGAAUCUGUGCCCUGUUUGGGUGGCUGUCGCAGGUAUACGGACUCAUCGCCGGGUGUCUCUUCUCAAUCCAGGUUAGCCCCUUUAUCGUACCAGCAUCGAUCAUACCGGCGUUGCUGUUUUCGGGCUUUUUCAUUCGCUACAAUGAGCUACUGGAUUUCUUCAAACCACUCACCCUCGUAAGCUACUUUCGGUACGGUUUUGAAGGCUUAGUACAAGCGACGUACGGCCACAAUCGAACCGAGCUUGGAUGUGAGGAAAUCUUCUGUUACUAUCGCAAGACAAGCAAAAUCCUCGAAGCGCUCCAUAUGGAACCGAACCGAUACUGGACGGACGUGGUUGGACUCGGAAUCUGGAUCCUGUUUCUCCACUUCGUCCUGUACUUAAGCCUCCGGCUGCGACUUCGAUGGAACCGCUGAAUCAGGAAUAGCAGUGUUUGCGAUCAGUACAAUCCCUCAGCACCUGCAAAUGUACAGUAAGUCCAACAGUCGCCAAUAGAAUCAUCUUGUAUGUCAUCGACUUUGUUUGCGCAAGGCAUAGUCGCAUCAACGCGCUCGCUCUUUCCGAAUGUGAGGGAGAUGCGCAAAUGGGAUGUUUUAUCGUAGUUGCGUUAUAAUGCAGACGUAUUUGUACAAGUGCAAAGUGAUAUUUCAUCGCUGCUCGAGCGGCAGAAUGUAUGAAUGAAUAAUUAGAAUAAUACUAACUAUGUCAACAUCUGCUUGGGAAGACGAUAGGAGGCGCGAAAAAAGCAACCUCGUUGCAACCAGAUUACUAAACCUUACUUCAAGUGAAUAAUAAUGAUUGAAAAUGACGGUUGCGGGUAGCUAGAGAAUCAAUUAUCUUAAGUUUUUGUAAGAUUGCAAGAGUAUAUUAGUAAAUAUGAGGCUAACCAAUUAAGCUGAUGGGAACAGACAUUUUCAAAUGUCUUUGAAUACCAUGAAACUUGACGAAUCGUUUACCAUUUUCAUUAAAUACCAUCACAUCGAAAUCAAAUUUAAUCAUGUACAUGUAUCCACGAGGAAAAAACAUAUCGCUAAUAAAAUGCAAUCAU